AUUACUAAUUUUAGAUUUGACAUCUGUAGUAAUCAGCUGAACAAUGCAUUAUUAUUUAUUUAUCAUUGAAAAAGGAAGUUCUAAUUUACUUUUGUCAUUAAGUGUAGUGUAAUUACAAAACUAAUCAUACAAAUUUACAAGUGAUAUAGUGUGAACAUUUUGUACUCGAGUACAAUAUUUUUUUCGAAAAAUUCCGAAAUAAUGAUCGGAAGACCAAGAUGUAGGGAAUGGACGCCUUUAUCCACCCAGCAGUUGCGUCUAAGGAGUCUUAUACAGAUCGUCGGCUACAACAUUCGACCGCCCGAAUGGUGUACGUCCACUUGCAGCUUCUAUCUGACGCUGCAUCACACCACCAUGUGCGCCCCUUUCUAUACCAGUGAGAGGAUAUGCUCGCCGCAUCCUAAGUGGAAGGAGAUUGACUCAGAAAUAACUCAAAGCAUGUCAUCAACCAACGUAGUUAUAAGGAUAUGGUGUCACAUACUCCAUCCUAAUGAAGACAGCAAUGUGCCUCAAAACACUGUGAUACAAACGUGGGGAGUCUACUUCAGUGGUCUCCGGUAUAUAGGGGCUAACCUCGCUUCAAACUUCACUUCAGACUGCUUCAAAAGCAACACUCUCGUAUUUCAAAUGCACGGAGGCUACUUCUGUUCUUACAAAAGCUUGAAAUUAGAUAUAAUACCUGCUGAGAAUGAGAUGGAACAUGGAUCUCUAUCGUCAGAUUCAUCAGGCCGCACGAUAUCCAAAAAUAUUGAAGCGAAAUUCAUUUCCACUCAAAGACUUAAGGAGGCGCGGUCGAUCUCCCCAAGCAAAUAUAUAAGAAAGGCUGAUAAAGAAUAUUCGAAGAGCCACAGCCCAGUAGAAAGAGGGUUUCAGCAAAAUUUUCCAACCUUACGUCCAGCAAGCAGUCUGAAUAUUAAGGAGAGACACACUGGCAGUGUGGACAGACUUAACGAAGCAAAAGAACACAUUUACGAGCACUCGCCAGAUCACAUGGAUGUAAAAGAAUUUACCGACGUUAAUUACGAUAGUUUAUCGAAAAACACGUCCCAAGAAGAGCUAUCUAACAGUAAAAUAGAUUUAAGUGAGACGGCAGAAAGCUAUGAUUUAAGAAACGAAGACGGAAUGCCUAAGUUUAGGUAUCUGGCUUUGAACUUUUUAAAAUCAGAAAUACGACCGAGUUACACCGCCGCGAAGCUGCAGAAACUCCACUUACUACAGUAUUCUAUAAAGAAAAGACAGGAAGCAGUACAAGAAAUAAAAGAAAGGAUAUACAAAAAGUCAGCACUGACUGAUGGAUGGCCGCAAGAUGAAACAGAGAAAUUGAAAUUCAAGAGUAGAUCACAAAGGAAUCUUUUUUCACCCGAAGAUGAAGGUUCGGAUGGAGACAAAUCUUCAUCUCAAAGUGAUCUGAGCGUCAAAAAUGGUAAAGUUAAGGAUGGUAAGCCCGUAUCUAAUGGACCAAGAUUGACUUUGAAGUUAAACGAUCUGCUAUCUUUUAAGACGAAACCAUCCCCCUUCCAACGUGCCGAACACGUGAGACUGACGAAACAGUUGGAGAUAUUGCGGUUCAAACGUAUCAUAUUAUCGGACGAGCGAGACAGCAAACUGGCGAACAUACGACGUCUGAAAGAGAGGCACGCUAAGCUGAAUGAAGAGAAUCAAGAUGUUGGGUCGGAGCUGAUGCAGGGCCUGCGCGCGGUGUCGCGCGGGGGCGAGGCGGCGCGGGAGGUGCGCGCGGCGGGCGCGGCGCUGCGCGCGCGGGCGGCGGCUGCGCACGCGGCGCUGGCGGUGCGGCGCGCUGAACUCCUGCACCAGCUGCACCAUAUAUUCCAGAUUGAUCAGAUAGACCAGCAUACCUGGACGAUUAUCGGAGUACCUCUACCCAUCUGCGGUGACGAUAGUCCUCGAGGUAACAGUCCCGUCAGUGACUCAGUGGCGGCGGGGUUCGUAGCCCAAGCGACAUGUCUCUCAGCCGCAAUGCUCAACCAGCCCAUGCGGUAUAAGAUUACGUUGCUCGGCUCGGCUAGCAAGAUCUUGGAUAUAACCCCAGAUCUGCCGGACCCUAAUAUACCGCUAUUCGCUCGUGGCGGCGACACAACGCUAUUCCGCUACGCAUUGUUCCUGCUGAACAAGUGUAUCGCCCAGCUGAUGUGGGGCCGCGGGCUGCCCGUCAAGGACAUAAGGCCAACGCUAGCCAAUCUGCAACGAUUACUUAUCACGCCUAAUAAUUUAACGGAGACUUCAAAACUGUUCGGCACUUAUCCGUGGAGUGUGGAUAGUCAGUGUCCGCGGACGCAGUCUCUGCGGAGCCUCGUGCCCUCCGAGCGAGGGAAAUACAGGCAGUUCAACAGGUUUAAGGAUUCUGUGGACGGACAGUCUCCUCAGUCUGCCAUGAACCUGAAGAAGCACAGGCACUCCAGGAGUGUCGGUAGCUACCAUGAUGACCAGGAACUGCCGACACUGGACGCGUCAACAACAUCGAUAAUGGGCAGCGAAUCGAACAUCUACAACAUGAAACUAACGCAAGAAGACACAGAAACAUUAAAAACACACAAUUCGGACUCCGCCAUAUUGACUCUUAGUGAUGCGAAAACUACCGAACAUGUCGAUACAGAAGUAAGCUUCAUUAUCGGCGAAGAUGAGAAGUUAGUCCGAAUAUCGAGUAAUAACGAAGACGAAAUGACCUGUUCGACAUGUUUGGACGAAAACGUGAAACGGAUAUGUUCGCAAAUCACGGAUUACUGUUCGACAAACAUCGAUAUACAUAAAGGGUUCGAUAUCGUGAAACACAUGGAGAAUGAUAUCGAUAUAUCGAAGUUUAUGGAGAGACGUCCGAGUGAUAUAGAGGGUGCGGAUGUGUGCUCGACUUGUGAGAUGAAUAGAGAUGGCGUGUGUGAUAUAGGGUGUGCCAAAAACGUGACGGAAGUUAUAGUGAUACCAAGUGCGGAAGCCAUCUUGGAUACCGGUCAGGAGGUGUGCGAUAAUGUCGACGAAGAAAGCUCUUAGCUAUUCAUUUGCCCGGUUAUCCGGUUACAAUAUUGCAAAAGUUGUUUAUGAUAUUCGGUUAAUGUUGAGUGGUUUAUUUUUAAAUGGUUCUGUCGAAGAGGAUUCUUUAACAAUAAGAAUCGGUACUGUAACAGCAAUAGAUAAAUAAAUAAUCCCAAUAGCUAUCCCCAGAUCGAUCCCGAAAAUGAACCAAUCAAAAUGAGCAAUACGAUCUAACGCUGUUCUGAUUGGUCCAUUCCCUUGAUCAACCUAGACAUAGGAAUCAUAUAUUUGCAAAA